AUGUCGUCAGCCAGCGCAAGCGAGAAUGAUGCGAAGCAGUUGCUGGAGCCAUGGGAGGGGUGGAUUAGGUGUCAGACAUGCAAGCACCAUCACUACGGGCUUAAUGGCGCGGCUGGUUUGCUUCUCGUCCGCCGGGAUGAGACCAAGGCAAGCCGCCCGUUCACCCAUGUGGUCCUCCAGCAUCGAUCAUACAAUACGAUGGCAGGAGGGACGUGGGGCAUCCCGGGCGGCGCCCUGGGCACAGGCGAGGACCCGGUUCAGGGUGCCCUUCGUGAGGCGUCCGAAGAAGUAGGACUCCCGCAGGACUGCGCCGGCGGGCUCGACCCGGUGAUCGCCAUUCUGGGCGAGAAGGCCUUCAUGAACCACGGGGUUUGGAAGUACACUACUGUGUUUGCGGAAGUGUUGAAGCAAUUCGAGCCCUCCGUUCCACAAGGCGACUGGGAAUCUCUCGAGGUCAAGUGGGUCGCAUUCAAGGACGUGGAAAAGCUUCCACUGCACCCUGAAUUCGGGGACGCAUGGCCUCGGAUGAAGUCUAUCCUCAACUGCUUGGCUGGAGCUACAAAGAGGUGA